AUGAAGACGACGUUUGGGAACGGACUCGAAAUCUUUGUGCCUGAACAAGUUUGCAAGCCCAGGGACAAAAUGUCGACUCGUCUAUCUCCUUCCACGGUUUCUGAAAGACCUCUACUGACGGCUUCUCCAGACGAAGAGUGUCUGUCUUUCAAGUCCCUUUGGGCUUUGGUGCACAACUGUCACCUCAGAUUGCAUGUGGAGCCGGAGUCACUUCACUGUUGCUGGAACGACCUUAAAAACAGUUACAAACGUGCAGACUUUCAACCAGCACUACUGUUGGGCAUAGUCAUGUCGCAGGCGGCCCAUGGUCCGUUCCUAUCUGGAUCAAAUCAAUGGACGAAGCAGCAAACAGCUCAAAUGAUUGCCAAAACUAUUGGUCAUUCUGAAUUUCAAACACUCAGAGAGGCCAUGUUGAAAGAUCGCUAUGGAGAUACUAACGGUGUUCCAGAAACGCCAGCGGACAUUCCUGAACUUGACAGUGUGGAAAAUCUCCCUAUCUACGCAAAGCAAAAGAGCUGGUUCCAAGCCGUGAUCGCCUUGUACCGGCUUGCGCUGGAUUGGAGCUUGAAUUCCCUGAUCCUGGGGCGGGCUGUUGAGCUUUCAACUGGCAACGAUGAAAUGGGCAAUGUUGAAAUGGAGGACGAAUUUUGGCAGGAUUGUUUCAGUUUAUGA